AUGAUUGGCAAGGCCAAGCAUGAACCUAAUAAUACCAGGAAGGAGAGGCCCCAGAAGCGUGGAGGUGGUCGCUUUGAGCCCUAUGGAAACCCAUCAAAGAGAUACCGUGUGUUUGUCAGCAACAUCCCAUACGAUGUGAAAUGGCAGGCACUCAAAGAUCUAAUGAAAGAAAAAGGUAAGGUGUUAAGAGUAGUGUUGGAUCCGCUAUAGAUAUUAAGUCCAGCAAGGCUAAUAAAGCCUCCCAUAACGGGUCAUUUGGGUUGAACCACUUCACCACGUUGACUGGAAGGCUUCUGGCCUGUAAAGGACCCAAGUCGCAAUUCGUAGCUAUGAGGUUCUUGGUAUGCGGACUAGGCGGCAAAACUUGAAAUGGCAGUGGCCUUUCCAUGGAUUGGCCUGUUCUGCUUACUCCCUGGGAUGAUUCAGAUUUCAGAACAGUUCUCUGUGAUUUCUGCCUUCAGCUAGGUAAUUUUUAUAGUGCUACGAAUAGCAUUAUACAUUUGUACUUUGGAGUGAUGGAUUUCUUCAGCUACGCUUGAUUAGACAAUGGGAAUCUACAAAAUAAAGGGAGCUCUUCAAAUGAAAUACAGUGCUUAUAGUAUAUGGGCCAUCAAUUGCACUGUUGUGUUGGGUUUUGCGUGGUAUAUAGCAAAUUGCAUUUCUCACAGAAAAACAUCCUAAUUGCCUUGAGACAAUGAAUUGCUCUCAGGUGCUUACACUACGAUUGUUAAAGCAGGUCUUGCUUAUGUUUUCUGUGUGAUCAUUUUCUUAGAGAUUGUCAAAUUUAGAAUUCUAUCAUGUUUGAAUACUGGUGUUCUGUAAUUGAAUGUUAAUUUGCAGCAUGGGCCAGUUGUCAACUUCUUUUGUCUUAAAUUUGAAUCCUGCAACAAAAGGAACGGUGUACUGUUCAUCUAACAGUUUCAACAGUUGUUUACAUGGCUUUGGCAAAGCUAUAGAUAUGUUAGAACUAAUAUAAUAAAUUAAUAAUGAUAAAGCAUAGGUGUUCUGAGAGGUUACCAAUGCUUUUCAGAAACAUAAUUUAGUGUUUGGAUAUGAUUGAAUGUGGUGUUAAAUUGCAUUCUCUUUUUUAGGUUUGUUGUUUCCGCAGAUGUUGUACCAAUCACGGAUGUGUGUUUUGGGAUUUCUUGGGGUACAGGUCUACAAAAUUAAGCAGCUUCUUACGCCUGUUCUUGUUUCAGCUGAGGAUUGGUUCAUGUCCAUUUAUGGUGUCGACUCAUUUGCUGGAAUUAGCUAUGGUGGUCCCUCUGUUAGUUAAAAAUGUGGACACUUGUGCCUCUCCGUGUCCAAUGGAUGUACAUCUUUCCAAAAAUGUUCUUCAGACAUUGGAGUUAGCGGAGUUGGUACAAUUUUAGUUUUUGUGUGUAUUCAUUCAAAGGUGCGGCAGAACAGUUGUAUCAGUCAGUGGUUCUAAAUACAUUUAACAAGGAACGUGGAUUUUGGAAGGGUAGACUCGUGGUUUCAAAAGCCUUUGCAAACUUUCAUUCUGUAAAGUAAGUUUAUCUUUACUUAGAAAAGGGUUCCUUCAUGAUGGCAAUUCAUCCGAUUACAGGGCUGGUAGCUGUUUGACAAUUGUUCUCUUCAAUAUAUUGGUCUUGGUGUUUUUAGGGCCUUGGCAAGGACAGAACCAGAAGUCAUUUUAAGAUCCAAUAACAGCUUGCCUUUUGUAGACCUGUACCAGAAUUGGCUACUGAGGUGCUUGGGGGGAGGCUCUGGAGUAGCAGGCCCGAGCUCACGGUCACCAGCCGCUUGUGUGUCUGCUCUAAACCCCCAUUGUUCUCUCGGCUUCUCUCCCUUGGUGUGUGUCGUCUGGAAUCUGAUUUGUAGUGGGUGAGGUAACGUACGUGGAACACUUAAUGGAUGGAGAAGGCAAAUCAAGGGUAAGUGCAAUAGUCAGCUUGAGUUUCCUUUUCUUUCAUUGUGGGGAUUUUCAAACAUGGAGUUUUGAUGAAAGUGUGUCAAGUGGGUGACACUGAACAGAAAACAUGGUGCAGUCUGUGGCACUGAUGCUGCUUUUCGACUGUAACAUCAGUGUUACACUAGUGUAUACACCCUGAUGUCAUACUAGGGAAAUUGUUUCCAUGACUAGGGCUGACGGUGAGGAAUUGUGAAGAGCAGAAUCAACAACCUCUACAUAAUCAAAACAGUUGCUUUGUGAGAAGGUGUUAACCGUCGAAGGUGUAAACCCAUGUUCACACUUAGCCAUUAUGAAAAGCUCCAGCAGCCUUGCCUUGGCCCCAAGUCAGAGCAGGUCCACUGAGGCCAUGGCCCAGUGAGUCCCAGGAGCCGGGCUGUGGAGGUGGAAACACAAAAGUCUGAGGCUUUUUGGUGAAAUACCCGGGGUAAAUCCUCAGUGGAAAUGCACCAUGAAUGAAGUCAUCUCCUGGGUUGGUGUCUUAUUGGGAAUUCAGGUUUCAGUAGCUGAGAAAGUACAGUUUGCUGCGGAUUUGUUCAUCUGGGACUUAAUCUAAAAUGGGGCCCAGCCCCCAACAGGUUGUUACAUUGUUGUUACAUGUAAUAGAUUUGAGUCUAUUUAAUUGUUUUUGUGGAACAUAUAUUUCCAAUUUCCAUCAAGGGAGUCCAUUUUGUCAAUGGGACUUCUGCUUUUGAUGUGGACAAUGUUUUAAGGGUUUAGAUUCACCAGACCUCUGCAUUUGUUGACCAGCUUUUAAACAGUCUAAUCAUUUUUAAAGAGUAAAUGACUGUUCAAGGCUAAGGCCAUACAAGUGAGUAGAAUGUGUGUUUAACCUUGUUAUUGAAUAUGGAAGAAGGUCAUUAGAUGGCUUUCAUAACAUGAGCUAUUCUGCCCCCUGAAUAGCAUUGUUCUCUACAUUGCGAAGACUGAUUACUAACUUGAACAUUGUUUUUCUACUUCAAUGAUGCUGUUGUGCGGUCUUCAAUCAACAAAGGGUUGCGCGUAAGUAUUUUCUUCAUUCAAUCUUUAUUCUAAUAGAUGUCUCAAAGUUCUUCUAAGUUCCAUAUAUUCAUCAUGAUGUUUGUCUCAACAGGGUUGUUGAGUUCAGGACUGAGGAGCUGAUGAAGAAGGCUGUGGAGAAGGUCAACAAGUACAACCUGAAUGGUCGGCCCCUGAUGGUUAAAGAGGUAAGUAGUAUUUUUUAAAUCUAACAAUAGGCUUGUAUUUCCUGUUUAGUAAUGUUGGCAAUGUCUCUCUCUUCCUCUUUCCCCAGGACCCAGAUGGUGUGAUUGCCCAGAGGGAUUCCCACAGGGCCCAGGGUGGUGGAGGUGGUGGCGGCCCCCCCGGCGGCCAUGGUGGAAUGAACAUGGGGAUGGAUCGCAUGAAUAUGGAGAGGAUGAACAUGGGCCCAGGACCGGGAGCCCCACCCAUGGUCAACAUCCCCCCCAGUCUCAUGAACAACUCUAACAUCCCCAAUGAGAUCAUCCACGGGCUGCAGGCCGGCAAGAUCGGAAGCACUGUCUUCGUAGCUAGCGUAAGUCGGAGAUUGUAGUCCAGAAUGCCAAUAUGCAUAGUUUUAUUUUGUAUAAUUUGAAAUAAUAUAUUGCAGUACACGUUAUUGCAAUAAUUUUAACCAUGUCAAUGCCAUGUUUUGUGUUUCCAGCUGGACUACAAGGUUGGCUGGCAGAAGCUGAAGGAGGUGUUUGGCAUGGCAGGAGUGGUGGUGCGUACUGACAUCCUGGAGGACAAGGAUGGGAAUAGCAGGGGCAUGGGCACUGUCACCUUUGACAUGCCUAUUGAAGCUGUCCAAGCCAUCAGUAUGUUCAACGGUCAACUGCUGUACAACCGGGUCAUGCAUGUCAAGCUGGUAAGCAAUAUAAUCUAGAGAUUGUACACUCACUAAAAUGAACAAAUGUUACAAUCUGUGUAAACAUUUUGAAUGUAUUUUAAGCUGUGCUCUUGUUGGGUAUUUCAGGAUGAGAAGUCCUUGCCAAAAAGAGACUUUGCACCACCUGAGAGACCCCCAGCACUACCCCGUAAGUACACGAGAGCCCCCCCCCUGUAAACAGAAGCCAAUGAAAAGCUGAAAGAAAACUGCCAUCUCUGUCCAACACAAAAAUAUUGAGUAUGUUCAAGCCUCGCUUCCACAGGCUCUUCAAUAGAAGGGCCGGUAGUAUUUCUUCUUUCUUUCAAUCAUCCAUUGCUUUUCCCUCAGGUGGACUGAGUGGCAUUGGGCUGGGACUGGGGCCUGGUGGCCAACCCAUCGACGCCACCGCACUGAACAGAGGAGUUGGAGGAAGAAUGGGCAGCAUGGGACCUGGAGGUAAGGGGCUGUCUUUGUGAUCCUCCUUCACAUCAAACUUUAAUUUGGCUUGGUUCAGUCACUCACUAAUGUUUGUUUUGGUUUGUAGGCAUGGAUGGCAUGGGCUUCGGUGAUGGCAUGGGUAGAAUGGGAGGUAUGUACGUUUUUGUACUGCAUCCAUUGAUUGGGUAGAGUUAAUCAAAAAAUAUUUGCAUGGUGUUUUUUCUUAUACAUUUAAAUUUUAAUUUCCUCAUCAUAAUUUCCCCCCCAGGUGCGGAUGACUUCGGUGGAGGAAUGAACAACAUGGAGUGCUUCGGACCAUCUGGAAUGGGCAGGAUGAAUGGUAAGGAAAUUAAUUUCACACAUUACAAAUUCACGCUGAUGUGAAACAUUCACGUUUGGCUGGUCUUCUAAUAGUUUCAUCUCGUGUUGUCAGAGAUGGACCGUGGGAUUGGUGGUGCUUUUGACCGGGAGUUUGGUCGAAAUGAAAUGGGCAUGUCUCGCAAUAAUUUUGGAGAGUCCUUUGAUAGAGGAAUGGGUUAGUACUUUAAGGAUUUGCCAAAUGUCUUGCUAACACGUUGAACAUGACUGAUGCUGAUUUCUCACAGGACCUAAACUCUCUCACUAGUCGUGUUGUGUUUUCCCUCGACUUACAGGUAGCUCACUGGGCAUGGACCGCAUGAGCUCUGGCAUGGAUCGCCUGGGUGGUGGAAUGGACCGUCUGGGCGGGAUGGAGCGCAUGGGAAUGGAGAGGAUGGACCGCGUGUCUGAUCUGGACAGGCUGGGGGGGUCUGGCUUUGACAGGAUGGGCUCUGGGCUGGACCGGCUGGGGCCCAGUAUGGAUAGGCUUGGUUCUGGCAUGGAUCGUAUGAGCUCCAGCGUGGACCGCCUGGGCCCAGCUGGGUUUGACUGCCUAGGCCCGUCCAGUUUAGACCGCAUGUCUGCCGGCCUGGACUUCGCCUCCCCCAUGGGCAUGGCGGACCGCAUGAACACCGGCAUGGAGAGGAUGGGAACCAACUUUGACCGCAUGGGGUCUGUCGGCAUCGACCGCUUUUCCACCACUGGGCUUGACCGCAUGGGCUCCACGAUGGUCCGCAUGGGCGCUGCCGGUGUUGGAGGCCAGUUUGACCGGCAAGCUGAGAUGGAGCGUGGAGGCUUCGGAGGAAACAGCUUUGGAGGAGCCGGGGCUGGAGCCAACGCCAGGAAGGGUGGUCAGAUCUUCGUCAGAAAUGUAAGUGUCUCUUUAGAAAUAAUUAUCUUACGUGUCCCCAUUGGUGUGGUUGGAGCAUAUUCAGCAUAUUGAUUUUAAAGGAACGUUCCACAGCUUGUCUCCACGACUCCACAGCAAGUUGUUAGUGGCCCUAGUUAUCUAAAUUGUCCGGAAAUGUAAAAAUAAAUGCGCAAAUAAGCGGUAAAAUAGGCUUUUGUCGAACCAGGAAGUAAUAUGUUAGAAUGAGAUUACUACAGCUUCCAUGGUGCUUUGCGUCUGGAAGGCAAGUACGGAGAGGUGCGUCUAACCUCGAUAUAUUAACUAACGAUACACAACUGCAAUGCACACAUCAGCACUGUGAAAUUAUGCCGAUAUAAAAACAUUAGCUAGCAGGCGCAAAACACUUACUCCAUUGUCAUCUGUCCUCUUGGCCCCCCGGGUUUAGGCUGUUUAUCUUCUGGACACUGAAGGAUGUCUCCAACACAGGGUUGAAACUCGGAUGAUUAAUCAGUCUGUCACCUUCUUGGCUGGAAGUGGCAAUGGUAGACAACAAAAACUGCGCCCUGUCGCACUCAUUACAACAAACACAAUCUGUCUCUGUAGCCAUUAAUGGGCUUUUUCCACAUGGACACACUACCAGUCAGUGUUCACGCUAGCCUCCCCGGCUUCACCAGCGGAUUCAUCUUCGGCAGCAGACGCCGCUGCAUGAUUAGCCAGAUAUUCCUCUCCUCGUCUUAUUUACUCCUCGCUGUAUUCUGGCUCAAAAGUUGUAAUCGUCCAACUCUGUGGGGGGUCAUCGCUUGCAGCACCCAUUCUACACACGAUCUGUGCUAUAGGUUCUCUAACUGUAGUAAUGAGAGCUCUGACUGACACAGAACUACAGUCUCAGGGCUGUUUAACUAGGAACGGCCACUUUUUCAAAUUCCCUGUGUUCGGGGUGGGACACGUGGAGAUCAGGAAAUCAACCUCACUCCUCCCUUAAGCUUGUUGUAGUUUUCAUAAAACACGUGAUUACCCCCAAAUACAUAAUUGAGGGUAAAAUAUGGGAAAUAACCAUAGCUAGCUAUUGAUCUACAGAAUGCAUUUAGAAGCCGUUUUCACAGACCUACAUGUUCGUAACGUGAUCUGGACAACGAUUUUGAGGUCAAUGGCCGGAACGUUCCUUUAAGACUAAUCUUGAAGCUAGUAUUCGACAGGCACCAUUGUAAACUUCAACUGUUCAAUUUGACUCUUCUCUUGUAGCUGCCCUUUGACUUUACCUGGAAGAUGCUGAAGGAUACCUUCAAUACAUGCGGUAAGAACAUAAUCUACUCAUCUCUCUCUCUCUGUGUAUGUGUGGAGGCUGCUGAUGGGGAGGACGGCUAAUAAUUAUUGCCGGAGCGAAUGGAAUGGCAUCAAACAUGGAAACCAUGUAUUUGAUACCAUUCCACUCCAGCCAUUAUCAUGAGCCCGUCUUCUCAAAUUAAGGUGCCACAAACCUCAUGUGAUAUAUAUAUAUAUAUAUAUAUAUAGAGAUACUACCAGUCAAAAGUUUGGACACACCUACUCAUUCAAGGGUUUUUCUUUAUUUGUACUAUUUUUUACAUUGUAGAAUAAUAGUGAAGACAUAAACUAUGAAAUAACACAUUUGUAAUCAUGUAGUAACCAAAAAAGUGUUAAACAAAUCAAAAUAUAUUUUGUAUUUGAGAUUCUUCAAAUAGCCACCCUUUUCCUUGAUGACAGCUUUGCACACUCUUGGCAUUCUCUCAACCAGUUUCAUGAGGUAGUCACAUGGAAUACAUUUCAAUUAACAGGUGUGCCUUCUUAAAAGUUAAUUUGUGGAAUUUCUUUCCUUAAUGCGUUUGAGCCAAUCAGUUGUGUUGUGACAAGGUAGGGGGGGUAUACGGUAGGGGGGGUAUACGGUAGGGGGGGUAUACAGAAGAAAUACCUAUUUGGUAAAAGACCAAGUCCAUAUUAUGGCAAGAACAGCUCAAAUAUGCAAAGAGAAACGACAGUCCGUCAUUACUUUAAGACAUGAAGGUCAGUCAAUACGGAACAUUUCAAGUUUCUUCAAGUGCAGUCGCAAAAACCAUCAAGCGCUAUGAUGAAACUGCCUCUCAUGAGGACCGCCACAGGAAUGGAAGACCCAGAGUUACCUCUGCUGCAGAGGAUAAGUUCAUUAGUUACCAGCCUCAGAAAUCGCAGCCCAAAUAAAUGCUUCAGAGUUCAAGUCACAGACACAUCUCAACGUCAACUGUUCAGAGGGGACUGUGUGAAUCAGGCCUUCAUGGUCGAAUUGCUGCAAAGAACCACUACUAAAGGACACCAAUAAUAAGAAGAGAUCUGCUUGGGCCAAGAAACACGAGUCAUGGACAUUAGACCGGUGGAAAUGUGUCCUUUGGUCUGGAGUCCAAAUUUGAGAUUUUUGGUUCCAACCGCCGUGUCUUCGUGAGAUGCGGUGUGGGUGAACGGAUGAUCUCAGCAUGUGUAGUUCCCACUGUAAAGCAUGGAGGAGAAGGUGUUAUGGUGUGGGGGUGCUUUGCUGGUGACACUGUCUGUGAUUCGUUUAGAAUUCAAGGCACACUUAACCAGCAUGGCUACGACAGCAUUCUGCAGCGAUACGCCAUCCCAUCUGGUUUGGGCUUAGUGGGACUGUCAUUUGUUUUUCAACAGGACAAUGACCCAACACACCUCCAGGCUGUGUAAGGGCUAUUUUACCAAAAAGGAGAGUGAAGGAGUGCUGCAUCAGAUGACCUGGCCACAGUCCCCCGACCUCAACCCAAUUGGGAUGGUUUGGGAUGAGUCGAACGGCAGAGUGAAGGAAAAGCAGCCAACAAGUGCUCAGCAUAUGUAGGAACUCCUUCAAGACUGUUAGACAAGCAUUCCAGGUGAAGCUGGUUGAGAGAAUCUCAAAUAUAAAAUGUUUUGAUUUGUUUAACCCUUUUUUGGUUACUACAUGAUUCCAUAUGUUAUUUCAUAGUUUUGAUGUCUUCACUAUUAUUCUACAAUGUAGAAAAUAGUAAAAAUAAAGAAAAACCCUUGAAUGAGUAGGUGUGUCCAAACUUUUGACUGGUACUGUUAUUUAUAUAUUAGGGACUUUCUUGCGCCCAAGAGACCAGUGAUGUAGUCAAGUCACUAAACCUCGAGGUAGAGUCCCUAGUGUCCGAGUUCUUUAUACUGAAGUCACGAUUCGCGUCUCAAUUCCCUAAAAGCUGUGGUCCAACCAUUUUAAAAAUCUGAGUUAUGUUACAUUGUUGCACAUUGUAAGGAUAACACGAUAAUACAGCUCUCUUAACAUUUGCUGUUGUAGCUAGUAUGUUAAAUAUGCAACCAAGAGAUUUGACAGUCACUACUGGUUGACUUGGAGUCAUGAAAUUAAUCUUAGACUCGAAUACUACAACAAUGCAAGAGACUAUUAUGUGAAAUGUAAUUCAACAGAAUUGAGAAGCAUGCUAAUUGGAUUGUUUUGAAGUUAGACCACAACAUUUUCCCAUUUGGCAAUGACACCAUGGUGAAGUCUUUUUGACCCAAGAUUCAAUUGGAACUUUAAUCAAAAUAUUUCUAACCCCACCAAUGUGCUUUCUUUUGCAGGUCUCGUCCAGUAUGCUGACAUCAAGACGGAGAAUGGCAAGUCCAAGGGCUGUGGCGUGGUUCGCUUCGACAACCCGGAGACUGCAGAGAAAGCCUGUCGCAUCAUGAAUGGCUACAGGCUGAAUGGAAGAGAGAUCGACGUCAGAAUUGACAGAAACGCAUAA